GAUGAACAGUGAAAUAUGAAAAUGAAGCUGAUUUGUAUUCUCGUAUUUCUCAGCUGUUUUUCCUUCCUCUUUGGGCAAGAGAGUGAGCUUGGAUUUUAUUAUGAUGAUUACUCAGCUCAGCUGGAGGAUACAUUUGGGAAUAAAACAGCUUCAAAUAGUACCACCUGGGCAGGGAAGAAUACAAAUGACAAUGAUAAAGAUUUGUUUGUGAAUGCUGAUGAUGAAAGUGACCGCAUAGUGCCAAAAGAGGAGAAUCCAGAAAAUAAUAAUGAAGCCAUUCAUGAAGAAAUUAGUGAUAAAGUAAGUGAAGAUACGGAAAGUGACUCUGAGAUUAGUUCAAAAGAUGUCAAUAAAGAACUAGAUGGUGUUAAUGAUGCUCUGAGUGAUGCCAAUAAUGAUAGGAAUGAUCAAAAUGAUGAUCUAAAUGAUCCCAAUGAUGAAGUGAGUGGCACCACUGAGGCAGUGAGUGAUACUAAUGAUGAAGUGAGUGGUGCCAAUGAUGAAUCCAAUGAUGCCAAUGAUGAACUAAAUGAUGCAAAAUAUGAACUGGAGGGUGAUAAUGACAAGCUUGAAGAAGUAAAAGAUAAACAUGAAAAUGAUGAAGAUAACCUUUCUCAAACUUCUAAUGAUAAUGAUGUCAAUGAAGAUGAUUCUAGCUAUCCAGAUGAUAAUGGAAAUUCAGGUUGUCAGAUAUCUGAGUAUGGGUGCUGUCAAGAUGAUAAACAUCCAGCCCAUGGACCUAAUUUCUUAGGAUGCUGUUCCUACAGUGAGCAUGGUUGCUGCCCUGACUAUCUUUCUGAUGCAGAAGGACCUUUUUUCCAGGGUUGUGAUUGUAAAUCCUCCCAGUACGGUUGCUGCCCAGAUCGUCUUACACCUUCUAAAGGACCUGACAAGUUGGGCUGUGGAUGUCAAUAUACUGAAUAUGGUUGCUGUGAAGACCAGAAAACAGAGGCCACAGGGCCUGGCUUGGAAGGUUGCAGCUGUGAAACCUUCAGAAAUGGCUGUUGUCCUGAUGGUGUCACGCCUGCCCAAGGCCCAAACUUGGAGGGAUGUGAAUAUUGUGACAGAUUACCCUAUGGCUGUUGUCAGGAUGAGUUGACCCCAGCAGAUGGUCCAGGACUCCAGGGAUGUGGAUGUGAAUCUUCUAAGUACGGAUGUUGUAUGGAUGGAUCUUUUGCAACUGGUAAGAAUAUGUUACACCUAGGGCUGGAGAUGUUCCUACUUUUUUAAUCAUUCCGUUCCUUC